AUGUCUGAGUAUAUUAAUGAGAAUCCUGAUGUGUUAGAUGAGAGUGAUCUUCCAAAGAGAGCUGAGGAUGCUUCAAAUCAGUUGCUUUUGAACGGUAUUAGCAACAAGACUACUUUGGAAAGGAAGAAGAUGUUGUUACAGAUUGAGAACUCCACAGAUUCAUCGUUGCAGAAGAAUAUCGAGCUAUUUGACAAACUGCUUUCAUUAAACCAAGUACCAGAUCUUGUCUCGGAUAGCGGUGAUGAUUGUGUAAGUAAUGAAGAAGACGGUGAAGAUUAUGAUCCGGUCGAUGAGCAAGAAAUCUACGAUUUGAUUGCCUACAUUCAGGACCCAGAACACCCUCUAACGCUGGCACAGCUUUCGAUUGUAAACCUUCAGGAUAUCAAGGUGGUGGAUAGUGGGAAUCCAGCAGAUAUCGCCGAAGUGCUAAUUAAGAUAACCCCAACUAUUACUCACUGUUCCUUAGCUACAUUGAUUGGUCUGGGAAUUAGAGUUAGGCUGGAGAGAUCUCUGCCCCCGCGGUUCAGAAUCACAAUUAUGGUAAAAGAAGGCACACAUAAUUCGGAAAACCAGGUGAACAAGCAGUUGAACGACAAGGAAAGAGUUGCAGCAGCAUGUGAAAAUGAACAGCUUCUUUCAGUGGUCUCAAAGAUGCUGUUGACAUGCAAAUAG